AUGCACCAGACAUCCUCGCGCUUGCUGCGCAUGACCGAUGAUGAACGGCCUUUUACUAGAGAUUUCAAGGAUCUCUUCUCUACACUGAUCGUCAGCCUUCUGCCACUUGGUUCUCACAGAGUGCGGUUGACAAAGGUGGACUACACUUUCCUCUCUGAAGAUGCUAUUAACAACCUGGGGUCUCUGAAAUUCUCCCAGUCUAACCGCAUGCCUGACCCCAAGGACCCCUCAAGGAUCGUCACGACGACAACCACCACCACCUUCUCCAUGGCCAAGGACAUGGCUCGAACAAUCUGCCAAAGAUUUGUCGAUGCCCGCUUCAUUGAGUCUGCGGAUGGAAAGCUACAGCCCAUCUACAACAUGAAGGGCUCCGUCUGGCAGCUGACCGCAAAGGGCGUUGCAAUUCUGGAUCGAUUUUGCGGUAGAAACGGAAUCCAACAGAAGCAAGUCUCUGAGCUCGUCAACCUCCACUGCUGCUCCCUCGUCAUUCUGGAGCGAGAGCAGCACAGCGACAAGAUCCUCAGCGAUCGGGGCACUGUCGAGGUCAUUUUCCGCCGAUUCGUCGGCUCCGAAACCCGGAAUGUCAAGGCCAACUUGGCUAUUGCGGAUUCGGACUCGUUGCACGAUUACGAAGAUGGUCUCACCGGUGUUAAGAUGGCUGCUGAGCGUCGGGUGAACGGAAAGGUAUACAAAGAUACCUUCACCGGCAAGGCUUGUUCGGAUUGGUUGGUGGACUGCUGCACCAUUGUGGACCGACGGGAGGCCAUCGAGAUCGCAUCCCUCUUCGUCGAGUUUGAGUUGAUAGAUACUGUGGUGCAGGACAGAUCCUUUAUGCUCGGGAACCCUGGAUGUCAUCUGUUCCAGCCCACAAAGUAUUCUGUCUACCAAAUCUCGCAGCGAGGAAAGGAUGUGAUCAAUGGCACUAGCUCCCGUGGCCGCCCAUCCGAGAGCGAGGCUGGAACCGGCUCACAGCGCAACGGUGUCGUCCGCGACUCCAACACCCAGCGCCUCGAGAAGAUUCUCAACGACCCCGCCCUCCGCCUUCUCUUCCGUGAGAACUUGAGAGAGAUGCACUGCGAGGAGAACCUGUCCUUUUACAAGGAUGUCAACGACUUCGUGCAGGGCUGUAAGACGGCUAUCCGACAAGCCGAGUCCACACCCUCAUCGCAGGCGAUGGACAUCAUCAAAGAGACCAUGGCUCAGGCCUACGGCAUCUACAACGCCUUUUUGGCUCCAGGCUCACCCUGCGAGCUCAACAUUGAUCACCAGCUGCGCAACAACCUGGCCACGAGAAUGACCAAGGCUGUUGGUCAAGAGACCGGCAUGGUGGAGACGCUGCAGGAGGUCACUUCUCUGUUUGAGAAUGCUCAAAACGCCGUCUUCAAGCUGAUGGCUAGUGACUCCGUGCCCAAGUUUCUGCGCAACGCCAAGUACGAGCAACAGCUGCAGAACUUCAACAUCGACGGCGUCCCUGCACGAGGCGGCGUCGAGCGGAGCCUGAGUCGCUCCAACCGACAGUAA